AUGUCGACUGGAAAUUCGGUCCAGGAAAUGAGACGGAGAAGAAGAGAAAGUCUAAGAAGAUCACAAGAGGCAGAAGAGAUCCCAAAAAAUUCAUUCAAACGUCACUCCACAGAACCUUUCACUGACCUCCAUUGGGAUGACAACGUUAGCAUUCAUAGUGGUUCAAGCCAUAAGGAGGAUUCAGAUAUAACAUCUGUUUCAAGUUAUAAACCGACUAUAAGCAGAAGAAGUUCUUUAUAUAACUCCAAAAAAUACAGUCCCAGUAAUGAUCCAAAUUCUAAUCCCUAUUUAACAGGUCGGUCAGAUAAUCAUCAUAUGCAUCAGAAGAAAAGAUGGAGAGAUUCCAAACGGUUCAUCUUUUUCUUGGGUAUCUUAUUUGGAUUGUUUGUUCCUGGAUAUUUCGGCGUGUCUCAUUUACAUAGUAACAAUAGAGAUCUGCUGGACAAGUACUUAACUUUUGAUAACGUCAGGGGAUAUUUCGACGAAUGGACCGACUCUAUUCCGCCUGGAUUUCAAACAUUUCUUUCAGAUAUUCAAAGAAGAGUUAUACCGGAACAAACUAUGGAAAAAAAUUUGAAAUACAGUUUUGCUGUAGGAAAACAAUUGAUUAAAGAUAUUCACGGAAUUGGCCCUAAACAUCCUGUAUUGAUGGUCCCUGGUGUAAUCUCCACAGGUAUAGAGAGUUGGGGUGUAAAUGGUGAUGAAGAAUGUGAUAGUACACCACAUUUCAGGAAAAGAUUGUGGGGCUCGUUCUAUAUGUUAAGAACCAUGUUUUUGGAUAAGGUAUGUUGGUUAAAACAUAUCAAAUUGGAUCCAAUUACUGGUUUAGAUCCAGAAAAUUUUACUCUAAGAGCAGCACAAGGCUUUGAAUCGUCUGAUUUUUUUGUGGCAGGGUAUUGGAUUUGGAAUAAGGUGAUAGAAAAUUUAGGUGCCAUUGGGUAUAAUCCGAAUAAAAUGUCAACUGCUGCUUAUGAUUGGAGAUUGGCAUAUCUAGAUCUAGAGAAGAGGGACAAAUAUUUUUCCAAAUUAAAAUCACAGAUUGAAACUUUUUAUGAUCUUACCGGUGAAAAGAGUGUAUUAAUUGGUCAUUCAAUGGGUGCUCAAGUGGUUUUCUAUUUUUUACAAUGGGUAGAAGCUGAGGGUCCAUAUUAUGGUAAUAGUGGUCCUGGGUGGGUCGAUAAAUAUAUUGGUGCGUUUAUCAACGUAGCUGGAACACUGUUAGGCGCACCAAAAGCUGUUCCCGCAUUAAUUAGUGGUGAAAUGAAAGAUACUAUUAAUUUAAACACGUUUGCCAUGUAUGGAUUAGAAAAAUUCUUCAGUCGUAGAGAAAGAUUAGAAAUGUUACAAACAUGGGGUGGAAUUCCAUCUAUGUUACCAAAGGGAGGUAAUUUAAUUUGGGGUAAUAGAUCGUAUUCUCCAGAAGAUCAACUAUUAAAUAAUACUGAUACGUUUGGUGGUUUUAUCAGAUUUUCUGAAAGGUAUAGCAAUAAUAACCAUAUUCAAUAUGAUAAAAGAAAAGAAAAUGAUACAAUACCUACAGAAACAAAGACUAAAAAGGUAUUAUCAAUGGAUGAUUCACUUGAACUUGUCAUGAGUCUAUCUCCUGAAUGGCUACAAGAAAGAAUCAAAGAUCAAUAUACUUUUGGAUUUUCAAAGAUAAAAGAAGAACUAGAAUUAAACAAAAAACAUCAUUCACAUUGGAGUAAUCCAUUAGAAGUCCCCUUACCGAAUGCACCAAAUAUGAAAAUAUAUUGUAUAUAUGGUGUUAAUAAUCCAACUGAAAGAGCUUAUGUAUAUCAAGAAUAUGCUAAGAAAAGCAAUCACUCUUUAAAUUUAAUUAUUGAUUAUGAAGCUGAGACGCCUGUUUUAUUAACUGAUGGUGAUGGUACUGUGCCAUUAUUAAGUCAUUCCAUGUGUUAUAAAUGGGCAGAAGGCGAAUCGCCAUACAACCCAGCAGGUAGCAAUGUUACUAUUGUUGAAAUUAAACAUAGACCUGAUGCCUGGGAUCUACGUGGUGGUGGGAUCAGUGCAGACCAUGUUGAUAUUCUUGGUAGUUCAGAGUUAAAUGAGUAUAUACUUAAAAUUGUCAGUGGAAAUGGUGACAUGAUAAAAGAUAAAAAGAUUACAAAUAUGACCCAAUGGGUUCAAAACAUGGAUUGGCCUUUCUAA